CACGUUUUGAACGUCAUGGCCGUUGUGACGCGGAAGCAAUUUCCGCGUUCAAAACAACUGGGAGCUCGGGAAAAACUACUCAAUCUGGGAAAAAUAAUUUUGUACGGUCAUCUAACUCCGAAUUCCAACCUGGGCCCUUUAUUUUAUUUGAAUUCCUAUUUUACGAGUUCCCAGUUGUUUUGAACGCGGCAACUGUGCCUUGGCAUUACACUGCCAUGACGUUCAAAACAACCCACUUUUGUCUUUAUCAGUUCGUAAUGUCCGAGAACUUGGUAGUGACAUAAAAUUUUCUUUCGCAAAUUAGCUACAAUGCUGCAGCCUGAAUUGAUACAGCUUUUGACAGCGAGUGAUUUGGUUGAUUUACGAAUCGACGCAAUUCCUAAAUUGCAGGUGGGCUUUAGACCCGGGAGUUUCUUCAGUUCGUCUAGAUCACAGGACGGGGAGGCGAAGUUAACGUUCAUUCCACAACAAAUACUGCUCAACAAGGACCACGAGUUGUUUGAGGAUGGGGACAUACAUAGACACCUGUACCUCCAGAACCUCUCUACCUGCCCAGCUUAUGACUCACCUACAGCCAGGCAGUGUGAGUUCAGCUGUUAUAUAUCUGGCUGUAGCCAGGUGUUCAGUACUGUGGAGGACUAUGAGCAUCACUAUAACACGCUCCACAGACACGUGUGUUCUUCCUGCCAGAGGUCGCUGCCCUCCGCUCGCCUGCUCGACAUCCACAUCCAGGAGUGGCAUGACUCGCUCUUCAGCAUUCUGGCUGAAAGGCAGGACAUGUACCAGUGUCUAGUGGAGGGGUGUGGUUCGAAGUUCAGAACCAGAGAACAGAGGAAAGACCAUAUGAUCAAGAUCCAUAAGUACCCUUCUGACUUCAUGUUCGACAAGGUGAAGAGGAUCAAGAAUAUCAAAAUAGCGAAGAAGAAUAUUCUGCAGAAAGGCACAAGUAUGGAGGUGUCCACGAGUGUGAGUGAACCUGAGAGUGUGUGUGAGGUGUUGUCUAACCAACCAGAGGAAGAGGAAUAUAUGGAGAUAAAUCACUCUCUCGAACCAAGUAUCCUGGACCCUGCCAGUAACCCAAUUAACACAGUAGAGCUGUCCACAGAUCAUGAUACUGCCCCAAUCCUCUCUGUCACCAACCAGCCCACCACAAACCAACAGAGACCACAGCACAACAGAGAGAGACAUUCCUACAGGGUUCCUAGGACGGUGUGCUUCGGCCAGGGUUCUGUCCAAGGGUUCAGAGGUCAUGGCAGGAGGAUUUAGAGAAUCUUUAAAGGUGAUGAGUCUCAGACAGAAUGCGACCCUUGCAUCGGUUUGGUCUGGCGUGUGUUUUAAAAAUAAUACAAUAAAUCAUGUUAGUUUAACUCAAGGUGAUGUGUCAAAUGUUAUAGCACUGGUAAUACCCUAGCUAGCUCUACACCAAUUUAAAAUAAGCUACUAAAAUCAUUCCAAUCCAGAUUGAGAAGGCAAAAGCGAUUACAGACCUGCACGCAUUUUGCAUACCAGCUACGCAAUUCUCUGUCCAUGUAUGCAGGUACGAGAUCCAAGUUAAAAGUACGCAGAAAUGAAUACAGUCAGAUUAUUAUUAUUAUUUUUAAAUGUGUACCUUUUUGUAAAAACAAAAUUCAUAAAAAAUAAAUCCACUGAGUAAAUCUAACAUCAAGAUUCUCGAGCUGCAACACACAGACAUGUUACAGAGUUUGCGUCAACGGACAUGGAGAUUAAUACAUCAUUACUCGACGUAGCUACCCCGUGUCUGCCCCUCCUGUUUGUUGUGAUGCCAGGUUUGCCGACUGUCAGCUGUACUUAAACACAUGGACAAAUCCCUUUUCGACUCUGUGUGUUGUGGAAAGGUAAACACUAAUUGCUUCAAGCUAAAGUUAGCGAACAUAAGAUGGACAUUCAGUGGGCUCUAAAGUGCCAGCAGUUCACUCACAUUUGUUAGUGAAAGAAAUGAAAUGCAAAUAUGAAAAAGAACUGGUCGCAUUUGUGUGAGUGUGAUAUACAUUUAAUUCUGUGUCCCAUUAGUUGUAUUUUCCACGUAACAUUUUGAGGAUCACACAACCUGAUAGACUAACACUAUGAUCCACGUCACAAAAAGCAUUACAAAAGUAUAAUCAAAAAUAAAUGUAAACAUCAUGGCAUUAAAUGGAGUCGGGAGUUUAGAAGACUGGGCGAUGAAGAAUGAAUGAGUGUCCGGUGUUAGCUAUAGAGGCAAUGCUUCUAAAAUGCCUUUGCACUAGAUUUGAGAUCAAUUUCGAAAAUCUGAAAUGAUGUAUAUGCUGCAAAGAAAUACAAUUAGGCACCUUUACAUAGGCUGAAGCAUCGGACUCUUCUAGUGAACAGUGUUCAGAUUCCCUUUGCACUAGCCUACUUAAGCUUUGUGUAGCCAGUUUGUGGUCUGUGUCGAUGCGAUGUUUAAUUUGAUUUUUUAAUUAUUUAUUUAUUUUUCCCCAAAAAUUAUUUUGAUUUUAGUGUUGAUUAGGAACAGUGUCUAAAAAGCCUAUACUUGUGAACUGGCCCUAGUGGUUGGCCCUGUUUGAGAGGUGACAAUGCGUUCCUCUACUAUAGAGACUAAACUUGGGGGCAUGUGCUAAUUAUCUACAAUGUUUUUCUUAUCUCCAUUCUACACUGUACAUGUAAUGGAUUAAACAUAGGCAGUCUGUUAAUUCCACAAAACAUAUAUGUAUUUUAUAUGUUCUGUACUCAUCAGUAUGAAUCUGUUAUUUAUGUUCUGUAAAUAGCUUUUCAGAGGACUGAUCUGAACCAGGUGUGAUCCAUAAUGUCUAAGCACAUGAAUCUCCAAUUUACCCCAUGUGUCUGGUAUUCUAAGAAGUUUGACAGUGCUGUCAGGUCUGCGAUUAGUGUUAUUAGAGGCUUGCUUUAGGACCAUGCUGAAGGGCAGGCUGUUUAGCGGUAGUAGAGAGUAUGUUUUAAGACCAUGUGGACUCCUCGGAGCAGGUGGGAAGGCUGUAUGCCUGGCUGGCUUUAGGACUAUGGAGAGUACAUGGAUGCAGCUGCAAUGAAGAGCAAAACUUAUCUCUCAAAACAGUGCAGAGGUGGAGAUGGCUGUAGAUGUCUUGGUAACUGCUGUUUGACAUAGCAUGAACUUAAACAGUUUUUAAUCCCGGUGCUGAGCUAGUGCGUAGCAGCUAAUUGCUUUAUGACGUUUGUAGAAUGUUAAGUCCCCUAUCGACUUGAGUUGAAUGAAGCUACAGCAGCCAACGUAAUGGUUGGAGUAAAUGUAGCUUGUUUUUGUAAUCCAAAUACUAUUAGUUUUUACAUUGUAUAGAAAUGCAGUAAAUGAGCUUCAAAUGAGCUGAAAAGGGCAAGCCAGGAGACUAGGCCUACAUUGGCCCAAUUUUUCCAUUCUCCCAUAUGAUGGCGCGGCAAUAUCAGCAACCAUUGACUUAUGAGUAAAUAUCGGCAGCAACAUGUUGCAGAUGUAGUCUCGAAAACAAGACCCUGGGCAACAGUAGCUGUUUCCAGUAAUUGUUUUUGUCGACAUUUAGAAAGUUUGCAUAGAAAACAGAUAUGAUAAUUGGUGCGUGUCUAAUUAACAAUCUUGUGUCAAUUAAAAACAGCUGGGCGUAAUUACGUCACACCAUUUAGGCAAAUUGCGCAUUUAAUAAAUUGUUGACAGCCUGUAUGCCCUUCCACCUACCUGUGUCUCGGGCAGCAUGGAUAGAAUGCAAGAAUUUACUAAUAUUUGCCAUAUUCUAAUAAUUCUCGUGUGUCAACAUAUCACUUCCACUGCCGGCCGGCCGAGAAGCAGUUUGCCGGCCGCAUUCAAAGUGAGAAAGUAGCUAGCUAGUGGCGUCGCAGGACUUGGAAGAAAUUCACCCAGCUGUGAUUGACUGACAGAUAGCAAGCUAAAUACCAUGUUACGCGUAAACUCAGCAGACUCGCUAACGAAUUAGGUAGAAUUACACAUUCAGAUACAAAAACUAGUCAUGCUGAUGGACGAGCUGUCUCCACACUUUCAGUCUGUAUAUUUGCAUUGUGUCCUGCUACCAUGUUCCCCAUGGCAAGGGGUUGUUAACAAUGAUGUGCAUUUGGAAAGUAUGUUACGUUACAGCCUUAUUCUAAAAUGGAUAAAAGUACUUUUUCCCUGAUCAAUCUACACACACACUACCCCAUAAUGACAAAACAAAAACAGGUUUGUAAAAUACAGAAAUCUUAUUUACAUACAUACGUAUUCAGAUCCUUUGCUAUGAGACUCGAAAUUGAGCUCAGGUGCAUCCUGUUUCCAUUGAUCAUCCUUGAUGUUUCUACAACUUGAUUGGACAUGAUUUGGAAAGACACACCUAUCUAUAUAAGGUCCCACAUUUGACAGUGCAUGUCAGAGAAAAAAAACAAGCAGUGAGGUCAGAGGAAUUGUCUGUCAAGCUCCGAGACAGGAUAGUGACGAGGCACAGAUCUGGGGAAGGGUACUAAAAACAUUUCUACAGCAUUGAAGGUCCCCAAGAACACAGUGGCCUCCAUUUAUUCUUAAAAUGGAAGAAGUUUGGAACCACCAAGACUCUUCCUAGAGCUGUCUGCCCGGCAAACUAAGCAGUCGGGGGAGAAAGGCCUUAGUCAGGAAGGUGACCAAGAACCCAAUGGUCAGUCUGACACAGCUCUCCUCUGUGGAGAUUGGAUAACCUUCCAGAAAGGACAACCAUUUCUGCAGCACUCCACCAAUCAGGUCUUUAUGGUAGAGUGGCCAGACGGAAGCUACUCCUCAGUAAAAGGGACGUGACAGCCCGCUUGGAGUUUGCCAAAAGGCACCUAAAGGACUCUGACCAUGAGAAAUUAUUAUGUGGUCUGAUGAAACCAAGAAUUAACUCUUUGGCCUGAAUGCCAAGCGUCGGGUCUGGAGGAAACCUGGCACCUUCCCUACGGUGAAGCAUGGUGGUGGUAGCAUCAUGCUGUAGGGAUUUUUUUAAUGGCAGGGACUGGGAGACCAGUCAGGAUCGAGGUAAAGUACCUGUGCCCAAGAAACAUCACCAACAAACUAAAUUAAAGCUGAAAUAAAUCAUUCUCUCUACUAUUAUUCUGACAUUUCACAAAAUAAAUGUGCGAUCCUAACUGACCUGACAGGGAAUUUUUACUAGGAUUAAAUGUCAGUAAUUGUGAAAAUAUGAGUUUAAAUGUAUUUGGCAAAGGUGUAUGUAAACUUCCGACUUCAACUGUGUAUACUAGACGGUGUCAGAGGAAUGCCCCAAAAAUUGUCAGACUACUGUUCUCUCUGCUUCCGCAACUGAGCGCCAAGUCUAGGUCCAAAAGGCUCCUUAAUAGUUUCUACCCCCAAGCCAUAAGACUGAUGAACAAUUUAUUUAAAUGGCCAAACUGCCCUACCCCCAGACCCCUCCCACUAAACCUGUUUUUGCUUUGUCAUUAUGGGGUAUUGAUGAGGGGGAAAAAUGAUUUUAUAAAUUCUAGAAUAAGGCUGUAACAUAACAAAAUGUGGAAAAGGUCAAGGGAUCUGAAUACUUUCCGAAUGCAAUUUGUUUAAUAAAGCUGACAUGUUGAUUGA